AUGGAUUUGAUCCUUGAACAGUGUCCUGGAACACUUGGUAUCAGUGAUGAUACAGCAGUCUAUGGAAAGACUGUAGAGGAGCAUGAUCAAAACCUGCAUCAACUUAGGAAAGUUGCAGCAAGAUAUGGUCUCAUCUUCAACAUUGAGAAGUGUGAGAUAAGAAAAGAAAGGAUCAAGUUCUUUGGAAACUAUUAUGCUGCUCAAGGUGUACAUCCUGAUCCAGAAAUAGUUCAGGAAAUUCACAAUCUACCUCCACCUGCGAACACUGUUGAACUGCAACGGUUCCUGGGGAUGAUACAUCACUUCACAGUUGAAUCGGAUCAUAAACCUCUAGAGAACAUUCAGCACAAGAAUCUAGCCAGCACUCCUCCUCGACUCCAGAGAAUGAUGCUACAACUUCAGCAAUACGACUUCGAGAUUAGAUACAAACCUGGGAAGGAAAUGAUUCUUUCAGACAUGCUGUUUAGGCAAAACCCAGCUCCAAGUCCAACUAUCAGUAUCGACAAAACCAUUCACCAAGUUCGGUUCUCAAGUGAAAAGCUUCAGAUGAUCCGCAAGGAAACUGAAAAUGAUGAGACAUUCAGUUCAUUAAAGAACAUUAUUGUAUCAGGGUGGCCAGAAGAUCCAAAGCAAGUGGAAGAAAUUGAUUUCCAUGUGCCUUUUGUCAUCUUCACAGAUCACAGGUAA